AUGGAAGCGAAUAAUAAUGAAUAUUUCACUCUCGCUCUUUGCCUUGUAAUUAUAGCCACGUCUAGUAUUUCAGUCAAUUCUCAAUGGGCACAGGAUGGAGUCACAGUUGCUGGAAACCACGAAUGGGGUGAUUCUGGCAAUCAACUCCAGCUGCCUGAAGGUCUCUUUGUUAAUGAUGAUCAAACGCUGAUCAUUGCUGACUUCGGAAAUCAUCGUAUUAUCGAAUGGAAAGUGGGUGAAAAGAGUGGACAAGUCGUUGCUGAUGACAGUUGUAAAAGAAUUCAAUUGUGUCAGUUGAAAUGGCCAACAGAUGUAUUAAUCGACAAACAGACCGACAGUCUCAUUGUUUGUGAUCAUGGAAACCGACGAGUCGUGCGAUUGCCUCGCCAGAGUGAAACAAGUCAAGGUGAAAUCCUCAUCGACAACAUCUAUUGCCGAGGAUUAGCUAUGGAUCAUCAUAGAUAUCUCUACGUCUCUGAUUACAAAAAACAUGAAGUAAGACGGUAUCAAAUAGGAGAUAAAAAUGGAACUCUAGUAGCAGGCGGCAAUGGAAAAGGGAUUGGGCUCAAUCAACUCAACUUUCCAAGCUAUAUCUUUGUCGAUCGACAACAGAAUGUCUACGUAUCAGAUAAGGAGAAUCAUCGUGUGAUGAAAUGGAAUAAAGAUGCAAAACAAGGGAUUAUCGUCGCUGGAGAUCAAGGCGAAGGCAAUGGUCUGAGGCAAUUGUCAAAUCCUCGAGGACUUUUUGUAGAUACAUUGGGUACUCUCUAUGUAGCAGAUUCAAUGAACCAUCGAGUGAUGCGCUACUCGCAAGGUUCAAAACAGAGCGCUGUUAUUGUGAUUGGGAAUGGUCGAGGAUCCGAAGCUAAUCACUUGAAUGAACUUGGAGGUUUAUCACUCGAUUCUCGUGGCAAUCUCUAUGUUGUUGAUCAUUAUAAUAACCGUGUACAAAGGUUUUCUCUAGAAUAA